GGCCAAUCGAUCUAAAUCAGUCGAAAUCAAUCUUCUUCUUCUCCUUCUCGGCCCGUCUUAUUCCACUUUUCGGCUGGAUGGCUGGCCGGCCUGACAAUGAAACGGGAUUCAGCGACGCGUAGUGCGUGUGCCGUCGCCCAGUGCUGCUGGCCCAUUGUAUUGCCCGCGAGCUGCACAUCUUGUGUCGUGCAGUGAAAUUCGAUCAUCAAGUCGACAGUGAGAAGUGAAUGGGAAUCGAAGAAAGAAGAAGAAGAAAAUGGCCAGCAAAGAGGACGGAAAGGAAUAAAGAAAAAGACGAAAAGGAUAUUUACUGCGUGCAGAGCAAAGAGAUGAUGUCAUUAUCCAUAAAAAGAGAGAGAGAAAUAAGAGCCAAGUUGCAAAGAAAAAUCCCGAAAUGAAUUGAAUUUCUUCCACUCAGCUUUGGAGGUGUGUCCAUGUGGACAAAGCCAAUCGGCCGAUAUCAGCAAUCGCGAAAAACGGAAGCAGCAAAAGGCGUUUAAUAGCGCACACGCCGCCAAUUGCGGAUCUAACGACAUUAACUCCCAGCAUCAGCCAGUUAAAAUCUGAUGCAAUCAGCAAAAUGUAGAAUCCCUACACUACUGUGCAUGUAUCUGUGAUGUUACAUCUUUCCUGACGUGGACGCGACGGCGACGAUCGCGCAUAUCCGCUGGAUAUAUUCCGGACUGUGAAAAAGGGGGUGGGGGGAAGGGGGGAGAGAGGAAAGGGCUUGGAUCUUGCGCUCCUGUGGUGUGGCCGGAAUAAAUACAACACAAAGUGCUCCUCUAGCUCCUCUACUAGAUAUAUAUAAAAGACGGUCCGUCACGCGACAGCCUUUAGUCGGCCACCGCUGCUCCCCAAGUAAGAAACUAUACAGCCCGUGUCGCACAUCCCAUCCAGCGCCGAUCCGCAGUGCUGGUCUAUAUUCGUCACCCAAAAGUUGUUUGAUCCGCAACAAAUAAAACAGUGCGCGCCGUGGUGAAUGGGCCAGCCAUCAAGUGAUGGUCCAUGUUCGUGUGCCAGCAGCAGCAGAAGCUUUUGUCUUGUGAUUUAUUAGCCGUCACAUCGAUUGCGUCAUUCACAAUUCGCGUUGUGUGCUGAGACGACGAGAAGGGGCCGCCAGCCCAACUUUUUUUCGACCAAAGUUUUCCCCUUUUAUUCCGACCGAGUGAGCGGCGAAGAAAUCAAAUCACCGUCCAGGUUGUUGACCACAUUUCCUGGGGCACGGCCACUGUGUGUUGAUUGCCCAUCGGACGUUGUGGCGCAAUCGGAAAGAAAAAGACAAAACCAAUAAGACUGUGUAGAUAUAAUCUAACACAGGAGCGUGAUACAAGCUUGAGCUGUCAUGUGAAAAUGACGGCGACCGCCAUUGUGAUUGAUGCCCAGAGCGGAUGGAUUAUUUCCACCUUGUUCUUAAAAUACUAUUUGGCGGAUCGCUCGGUUAAUAUUGCCUCCGACCGGAUGCUUUGCGGAUCGCUGACAAUCGCGACGGACAUCCGAGAGUCUCGAAGCUGGCCCGUCAGCCAUUGCCACUGCCCGUUGGCCGCCUCGUCGAUAUUUGAAUAAGAUGGCCAACAUCAGCAAUAACGAGUCCAACGAGACUGCUGAUGCUGUCCGGCUGCUCGGAUUUGUCAUGGACAUGUUCAAUGAACAACAGCAACAAUGGCGGGAGCAUCAAAGUGAUUGGUUGGCCAACAACCGAUCGACAGACGUCGAUCAAGUGCAAGUCGGUGACGCAACAACAACAUCAACAGACCGGACGAUCGAAGAGUUGCAGCUCCUGAUGCCCGUCUGGGCCUACCAGUCGGCCGCCGCCUAUUUGAUCUUCAUCAGCGUCCUUGGUCUCUUCAUGAACAUUGUCGUCGUCCUAGUCAUCGUCAGUGAUCCACAGAGAAUGACGCCCUUGAAUUGGAUGCUCCUCAAUUUGGCCUGCUCCGACGGAACCAUCGCCGGAUUCGGGACGACGAUAUCGACGGCUGCAGCUUUUAAAUUCGGUUGGCCUUUCAGCGAUGAAUUGUGUGUCGCCUACGCCAUGAUUAUGUCCACUGCAGGAAUUGGAUCGAUCACGACAUUGACGGCGCUGGCCUUGUGGCGAUGUCAACUGGUCGUGUACUGCCCGGCCAAGCGGAGCGGGGCCUUCGCCAAUCACCACAGCGGCGGCGGUGGCGGCGGCAGCGCCAAACUGGGCCGAGUCCAGGCUGCCGUUUUGCUGACUCUCAUCUGGGCUUAUUCGUUGGCCGUCACUUGCCCGCCGCUGUUCGGAUGGGGACGCUACGACCGAGAAGCCGCCCACAUCAGUUGCUCGGUCAACUGGGAGUCCAAGAUGGCCAACAACCGAUCGUACAUCCUCUACAUGUUCGCCUUUGGAUUAUUCGUCCCCCUGGUCGUCAUCAUUUCCUCUUACGUCAGCAUCUUACGUGUAGUCAAAAAGACGGGCAAGUUCAAGAGAACGACGUUACAGCAAUCGACGCAACAGCAAAACGAGCAGAGGAUAACGCCCGAUCUCCAGGAAGUGAAGCAACAGAAUCUGAACAACAACCAACAACCGACCAGGACGUCCAGUAAGAGUAACAGCGACGCGGCCGAGAAGCGAGUGACGGUGAUGGUGGCCUGUAUGGUCGGCGCCUUUAUGGCCGCCUGGACUCCUUAUUCCAUUCUGGCCCUCUUCGAGACUUUCAUCGGAGUUGCCGGCCAUUCCGGCGGACCAGGCAGGAACAUGUCGAACACGACGUUGAGCCUCGACGGCCAGCAGCAAUUCAACGACAACCAGCCGACGACCAGCAAUGAGGCAGACGACAGCCAUUUCUUUUAUUAUUACGUCGGAACUAUUUCGCCGGCAUUCGCCACCAUUCCGUCACUGUUCGCCAAAACAUCCGCCGUCCUCAAUCCGCUCAUCUACGGACUACUCAACACUCAGUUCCGGUCGGCUUGGGAUAAGUUUGUGAUUCGGUUCCUGGGCCGAAGUCGACGUCGCUUCCGGUGUCAGCAGACCAGCCAGGGCCUGGACGAGUCUGGCAAUCAAACGGAGCGUCGCCGCCUGCGCCGAUUACUCGAUUUCAGUUUCACGAUGAAACAGUCUGUGACUGUCAACUUGCCCAUGAGGGAAGUUGUCCCGCUGUCCAACAACGACUCGAUCAAUUCGACGGGCAACCAACAACAGAAAUCGACUUCAUUCAGAAACGUCAGAGGGGCUUCGGCCAAUAGUCCGUUGACGUCAGUUCAAGCGGCGACCCAGUACCAAUCGAACGGCGAUCAGAAUCGCAAGAUAUCAUCCGACUGCGACUAUUCCGCCAGACAGCCGAAAUACAGGGAAUCGGUCAACCCUUUCGUCGGGACUACUGCGACGUCGGGACUAACGAAUUCAAAAUUCCCGCCGGGUAAAAAAUCGUCCAAGAAUUCUCACCGCAAUUCCAGGCAACAGCAGCCACAGUCUGAGCAGCCCGUCAAGUUGGUGGUCGUCCGUUUGCUGUCCGACUCGACCAGCUGUUGCUACACCACCGAAGAAACGUCAGUCAGUCUGAAUAGUCCGGCCAUCGGCCGCUCGCCAUCCAGCAAGAGCCAAGCCAAUAAAGCAAACAGUUUGCCCAGGCCCAAUCGUCAGGUGGAAUAAAGAUGGUACUUGGCUAUAUGUAUCAUCAUUUCCUAUAUAGAUAAUAUUUGGCCGUGUAUUAUUACGGAGAUGAAUGGCCGGGAUUGAAUUGUCUGUAAUUUCUAUGAUGAAUUAGCUCAUCUUUGUUAUUUAUUGCAUCCCCCUAUUUAUAAUCUGUUCCUGGGUACGAUGGGUCGGACGUUCGUUUCCAAUCGACUGCUGCUGCCAUCAGUUCCUUUUAUUAUCUCGUGAUAUGUCGUCUGUUGCAAUCGGCAAUCAAUGUUGUUUUUUGUUUAGUUUAGUUUUUUGUUUCUUUUCUUUCAGCAGUCGCAGUUGAUCUUGUUUUCCAGGAAAAAGGAAUUGAAAAGGAAAUAUCCGUUUGAUAUAUUCCAUCCAGGCGGAGUUUGUUCCGCUCGCUCGAUUGAUUCCCAACGACACAUGAAUUCCAGAUUUGAUAUUAUAAGCUGAUUUCUUUUUUUUUUUUUUUUUUUUCGAUUGGAUAAUCGAGACUUGAUUUAGUAUACGAUACUGUACAUUACAGCAUACAUAUAGGUGUAGUAUUAUCUUGUUCGCAUUUCUAGACUGCAUAUGAAUUCAUUUAUCACUGUUUAUUAUGUCACUUGCGUCACUGUUAUGUGCGUCGAUAUUAGUCAACCAUAUUUGCAUACAUCAAUUACGUAUAUAUUUAGUCAAACAAAUUAUCAAUUUUAAAAAGACUUUCCAUCACUAUCUCACCUGCCCCACUUAUGAUGUCACAGGGUCCGUCGUCUCUUUCAAAUGCUGGUGAUAAAUUUUUAUCGUAUCUACCCGAAUUUCGAUACAUUUUCUGAAUGUGUAAUAAUAAUUAACUUAUUCGUUUUCGUAAAUGAUAUAUAGGUAAGCGACGAUAUGUAUAAAACAAGAAAUGCGCUGUCAUCAAUAAAUGAAUGGCAACAAUACAUUCCAUCCAAUCC